UCAAACUAAUCAGUGCUAACAUGCGCAGAACAAACAUAAACUUGUCUUCUGAUAAGUACGCUCUUCUGUGAAACGAAGUGUAUACGAGUCCUUCUUCCACGGCGACUUCGACGCGGCAAAUCUCGGCGUCCGACGUGAAUGAAAGCGGCUUUUUGGCGCAACUUCCUAUAAAUAUGUUGUGCUAGUAUCGCGAAGGCUAAGAACGAUGAGCUUCUCUAGUGAUGAAGUUAAUUUCUUGGUUUACCGAUACCUUCAAGAGUCCGGUAUGUUUUUUGGACUACGUCAUAACCUCUUUCAAAGAUUUCAACAUUCUGCAUACACAUUUGGUAUAGAAUCACAUAUAUCGCAGAGUAACAUAAAUGGAGCAUUAGUACCACCAGCAGCACUCUUAUCCAUUCUUCAGAAAGGUUUACAGUAUACAGAAGCAGAGAUAUCGAUAGGUGAAGAUGGCACUGAACAGAGAAUGGUGGAAUCCUUGUCCCUUAUUGACGCUGUUAUGCCAGAUGUUGUUGCAUCUAGGCAAAAUCAAAUUAAUCAGCAGAAACAACAGGUGAAAACGGAAGUACAAGAUACAAAUGGAGAAGAAGUUGUCACCUCCAAUGAAGGAGUAGGUACAAAUGAGAGAGGUGGAGAUAGGACAGAAAUGGAAGUAGAUGAACAGCAACAAGGUUCAGGCACAGGAACCAAUGCCAGUGCUGUUGAAAUUCCAGCAAGUAAAGCUACAAAAUUACGCGGUCAUGAGUCAGAAGUUUUUAUAUGCGCAUGGAAUCCAACGACCGAUCUUCUGGCAUCUGGUUCUGGAGAUAGUACAGCUCGUAUUUGGGAUAUGUCCGAUAAUUCUCAGGCACCAAAUCAACUUGUUCUUCGCCAUUGCAUACAGAAAGGUGGUACUGAAGUUCCAAGCAAUAAAGACGUUACUUCAUUGGAUUGGAAGUGUGACGGUACUUUACUAGCAACUGGAAGUUACGAUGGUUAUGCAAGGAUUUGGACAACAGACGGUAGAUUAGCGUCUACUCUAGGGCAGCAUAAGGGGCCGAUUUUUGCGUUAAAAUGGAAUAAACGUGGAAAUUAUAUAUUAAGUGCCGGCGUCGACAAAACGACCAUCAUAUGGGACGCCGAAAGUGGACAGUGUACUCAACAAUUUAGUUUUCAUUGUGCACCUGCUUUGGAUGUUGACUGGCAAACGAACACAUCAUUCGCUAGCUGUUCUACAGAUCAAUGUAUUCACGUAUGCAAACUUAAUGUUGAUAAACCAAUCAAGAGCUUCCAGGGACACACGAAUGAGGUUAAUGCUAUUAAAUGGGAUCCUCAAGGCAAUUUGUUAGCUAGUUGUUCAGACGAUAUGAGUCUCAAAAUUUGGUCAAUGAAACAAGACACAUGGGUCCACGAUCUCCAAGCUCAUAGCAAAGAAAUAUAUACUAUAAAGUGGUCACCAACUGGACCUGGAACUCAUAAUCCAAAUAUGAAUUUAACUUUAGCUAGUGCAUCAUUUGAUUCCACUGUAAGGCUAUGGGAUGUGGAAAGAGGUGCAUGCAUCCAUACACUUACGAAACAUACGGAGCCAGUGUAUAGUGUAGCAUUUAGUCCAGAUGGUAAAUUUCUUGCUAGUGGAAGUUUUGACAAAUGUGUUCAUAUUUGGUCUACACAGAGUGGUCAAUUGGUACACAGUUACAAAGGUACAGGAGGAAUAUUUGAGGUGUGUUGGAACAGUCGAGGAGAUAAAGUUGGUGCUUCUGCAUCUGAUGGCAGCGUGUUUGUUCUUGACCUUCGUAAACUGUGAUCGCAAUCGUACUAUAGACUAUACUUAAUUUUUCGGACUCACCAUGGUUCUAAGUUACCUUCAUUGCUUUCUGUUUUCUUUUUACUCGGUUCUUCAUUUUCCAAAAUACUGGCCAUGUUAUACAACUAUCUGAACUAUUUGUGCUUGUUGAAUAUAAUUUCAUAGAGUAUUAAUUAUUUAUAUAUAGGACUAAAAUGGUUUAGUAGUUUACAAGUUGAUAGAAUUUGAACAUAUAUAUAUAUAAAUAACAUGAAAAGAAGAAUUUCCUUUAAUUAGCUUCCCGAUAUUCUACUACAAAAUGUUCACAAAAAAUAAUUGUACAUUAAUAUUCUCAAUUGUGACAUUGUACAGUUUGAAACAGUUUGACAGUCAUUAUAUUUUCAGAGAAAAAUAAAAUAUAAUCUCCAUUCACUGGAAGUGAAUGGGGGCACAUGUUAUAAUUGUAAUAAUACUAAGUAUUAUAUAAACAUUUGAUGAUAAGUAAAAAGAAAAUAAACUUUUAUAAAGAACGGUGUAACAACGAGAUUUAUUUUUACAACAAUUUAUUAUAUUUUAAUGCACGAAAGAGGUAAAAUCAGAAUGCACGACGAACGUAUUUUAAAUGAAAUUUAUUUCAGUUUAACUAUGCAUCGUUUAAUUUAAUUCAUAGACAUAAAAAAAAAGUCGAGGUGAAAAUAAAUAAACAACGAUAUUGUACAAUUUUUUAAAAUAAAUAAGUUCUACCUAUAUUACAUACAA